CACGUCAAUGAACUCCCUUCACCGCCAGUGUAAAUAAAGUUAUGUUUUGUUUACAUUCUUCUAAGUAACAAAAUGUGCCAAUUAACCAAAAGUGCCUGAAUACUUGAAGUAGCAAUAAUGGAAAAGUACAUAAGAUUAUAUCAAGUGGGUGAGGGAUCCUUCGGACAGGUUUUCAAAGGGAAAAAAUGUUCCGAUGGAGAAAUCGUGGCGAUCAAAAUCAUACGAAAGAUCGGUCGUUCGUCCAAGGAACUCCAUGGUCUUCGUCAGGAGUGCGAGAUUCAGAAGCAUCUGCACCAUCCUAAUAUCGUCCAGAUGAUUGACUCAUUCGAGACGGAAAAGGAGCUCGUUGUCGUGACAGAAUACGCCGAUAAAGAGCUCUACGAUAUUCUCGGGCAGAGUGGAAGACUUUCUGAAGAGAGAACUCAAGUUAUUGCCUGUGACUUAGUCUCUGCUCUCUAUUAUCUCCAUUCCAAUCGAGUUCUCCACAGAGACCUGAAGCCCCAGAAUGUCCUGGUGGAGUCAAAUGGUGUGGCAAAGCUCUGUGAUUUCGGUUUUGCACGUAGCAUGAGCACAGGCACCCACGUCCUGACCUCGAUAAAGGGAACGCCACUCUACAUGGCACCAGAACUGAUAGAGGAACACCCGUACGACCACAACGCAGAUCUCUGGUCGUUGGGUUGCAUCGUGUACGAGCUCCUGGUGGGUUUUCCACCAUUUCAGACCACCUCGAUUCUCCACCUCGUGAAGCUCAUCCGCUUCGAGGCAGUCAAAUGGCCGGAGUUCCUCUCACCGCACUGCAAGAGUUUCCUCCAGGGCCUGCUUCAGAAAGACCCCUCGAAACGCUUAACCUGGCCAGAACUGCUCGAUCACCCUUUCGUGAAAGGAAGAAUACUGAUUCUCAACGGAGAAAUCCCGAUGGCUGCGCCCUUCACAACUCCUCUGUCAGCAUCCCAAGCCCUAGCCAAACAGCGUCAGCUUCAACAUCUCGCUAUGCAGUCAGCCAGUCACUCUGGAAUUUUAGAGAAAGCUGUCGAGAAGGUGCAGGCGCAGGAACGUAAACUUCGAGAUCAGAGAUUUCGUACGUGCAUGUCUCAGCCUAGAUACCCCAUGACAAUGUACUGUCCCUACACCACUGGACAGCCUUUCCAUCAUCCUCUGGGUCGUAGUCAACCCAGUGGCACUGACUCCAGUGCCAGUGUCGAUGUACUCCUUGAGAAUUUGAGCCUCAGGGCUUCUCUGCAGAGUGAUCUGUUGAUCUUCGAUGGAGUCAAUCAGACUCUGUGCCCCUCAGACUGCCCCAGCGAUCAGCACAAUCAGAAUGAGGAUUUAUCCUGUCUCCCUGAAUGCAUGAAGGAAAACGUCAACCAGAAUAUCCAGGGAAUCUCUGGUUUUCAGACUGGAAACGAACCGAGACCAUCGUUUCCGCAAGGGAAGAGCAGACUCAGUGCAGAUUAUGAGAGGGAAUUCGGUGAUGAUCUCUCACAGCAGGUGGAGAGGGGCUCAAGGCUACCAGACUGGGAUGCGAGGGUUGUGGAACAGCAUAUUGAGAACGAGGAGUGGGUGGCAUUCCUCCAGAGGUCCAUGGAGGAGAUAAUCGAUGGAGAAAUAACGUCUCUGUUACAGGAGAAUUGUGUCUCAGUUUUUGUUUCUCCAUUGAGAAACUCUGGGGCUGGCUGCAAGGUUAUCGAAUUCGUGGCCUGUCUGCUGUCCCUGCCAUUUGUGGUGGCAGUUUCCAAAGACAACCUGAGGAAGAUCGAGGAGGUGUAUCUCGACGUCAGGGUUGUGCCUAAUCUAGUCUAUGCUGUCAAGUUGUUCAUGUCUGAGAAAAAUUCAGAGAAUGCUGGAAGUGAGGAGAACUCGAAGGGAAGGACAACUCGUUUAGCCUCUUCUCUCUCUGCUGAUGAACUUCAGACAAUCGAGUGCAUUAUGCUGAUACUUUGUAGAUUAGUUUAUGCAAACGAGAAAUUUCUCACGCAAUUCUGUGAUGCUGUUUAUAUUGUCAAUGGAGUGCCUUUCCUGCAGCAGCUGUACACAUUGGAGAAGAGGAAGCCUAGGGUUGUGGCAGAUCUGGUGGCUAUUUUUAAUAAUAUUUUGAGGUCACAGCCGGAAAAUGCUGAACUCGUGGAGAAAGUGGUGUUGGGUAAUGCUGGGGCUGUGGAGCAGUUUGUCAAGCUACUGUCCCACAGGCAGAUUGUGCUCAGGGUGAGGGGCUGCAUUCUUAUUAAGCUACUGGCCAGAUUCUGCUGCCGAGCUCUCCAACAGAUCUGGGGGAGAUCGUUGAAGAACCUGCUGGAGGGAUUGAUCCUCGAU